UUCAUGGAAGCAAGUUUGCUGUUAGGAUUUAUCAAGUGGUUAAUCCCAUCGAUGAAUGAGUUAGUUCUUAACAUCCCCAAAACAGAGUUUGUUUUCUGUUAGCUUUCGAUCGGAGCGGUGGGCGGGCGGCGAUGGCGAGGACGAUCAAGCUGAGGAGCUCGGACGGGGAGGUGUUCGAGGUGGAGGAGGCCGUGGCCAUGGAGUCGCAGACCAUCAAGCACGUGAUCGAGGACGACUGCGCCGACGGCGGCAUCACCCUCUACAACGUCACCUCCGAUAUCCUCGUCAAGGUGCUCGAGUACUGCAAGAAGCACGUCGAUGCCGCCGUCGGGUCCUUCAUCAAAGUCUUGGGGGGCGUCGACAAGGACCUCGAGUCCUGGGACGCUGAGUUCGUCAACGUCGACCUGGCGACCCUGGUCGACAUCAGUAAUGCUGCAAACUAUCUGAACAUUGAAGGACUGCUGGAUCUAACUACCCAAGCUAUUGCCGACAAUAUCAAGGGGAAGAAGCCACAAGAGAUCCGUGAGAUCUUCAACAUUGAAAAUGAGUUCACGCCCGAGGAUGAGGAACGGGUUCGGGAGGAGAACUCCUGGGCGUUCGAGUGAUGCCAUUCUUCACUCCAAGAACCGGGUUCUGGGUCUCAAUUCCUCAUGGUGAAUCCUGUAGUCUACAAUUGUAAGUAGAACACUGACAACAUCUUGUUCUUGAGAAGGACGUCAUUUGGUAUUUUGUUAGAAUCAUUUCGUUGGAUCUCUCAAGCAAUUGGCCUGUGCUGAUUGAUAGCGUGUUCGCACACAAUGGUCCGUCUCUGCUGAAAUACUGUUCCUGGAGUUGUGUUAGAAUCACUCUUCAUAA